AUGAAUGGAAAUGGAAGAGCAUCCAGCUCCCAAGGAUGGCCACCGGUUCCUCGCCUCCGCUAUGCUCCCCGCCUGAUUUGGAAUGAUGAUGAAGCAGGCCCAUCCACGUCCCAGCAAGCUUCGUCGAAUGCUGGCCGAUCCAUUGCCCCUCGACUGAAUUCGAAUGCCGGACCAUCCUCCUCCGAACCAUCGUCUUCAAAUAGUCGUGGAGCGGGCGCUCUCCAGCUGGGCGCAAAUCAUCGUGAAGGAGCCGGGCCAUCCUCAUCACGUCUCUCGUCUUCAAUGGCUGGUCUAUCUGAGGCUCCCCAGUUCGACUCAAACCGUCGUCAAGGAGCAGUACCGUCCACGCCCCAGCGGCCCAUCCGCGUCCCAGCCCCACGUCUGGAUUGGAGUCAUUCAGCAGGUCCAUCGACGUCGCAGCCAUCUUCGUCGCAUGCUGGUCCAUCAGGCGCUCCACAGAUGGACGCAAGUCAUAGCCAAGAAGCUCCACCACCACCAGCUCCAAUUGCCGAACCACGAGAGGCUACCCGGCCGGACUCGAGUGAUGAUGAAGGUGAAGCAAUAAAGGAGCUCGGACCGGGAAGCUGGCCACGCCCGGAUGCCACCGAGAAGCAAAUGACAGAAGCCGGCGAAGUGAAGAGGUACACCGCCGAAAUGAAGAAGCGUGCCUUGAAAACGAAGAAAAAGCUCGAAGCGAUGAAGCGAGAGAAAAAGAGGAGGAACGAGGAGAAAGAGAGAGCACGCGAGGAAAGAUUAAGGAUUGCGAAGGAAGAAAAGAAAAGGUUUCAAGCAAAAAUGCUGAAACGUGAUAGGGGGAUCAAGGAGCAGCAGUUUCUCCUACACCUUCUUUUUAUGAAAGAUUUUCCCGAUCUCCAAGUUGUGCGGGAUCCUACGGUGGCUGGAAAUGAGGAGGCUGGAGAAGCAUUGGAGGCGUUCUUCAGUCCAGAUGAAGAAGAAGUUGAAGCAGAAGAUGAAGAAGAAGAAGAUGAAGAAGAAGAUGAUGAUGAUGAAGAUGAAGAAGAAGAUGAUGAAGAGCCAAUGCCUUCCGCCCCUUGUCAAUCUCCACAGAAUCCCAGGUCAACAUCACGUCCGGAGUCUCCAGAUGGGUCAGAAGCUGCUCCUGCAUCAGCUCUAACCAGCAGAGGUCGUGGUAGACCACAGAAGCGGCGAGUUGGUAUGGAUCCCCAGAUCCAAGGUUCGGAUGGCUCAGAAAAUGCUCCAACACCAGCCAAGAGAAGCAGAGGGGCUCGUCGAGAUCGCGACUCGGACUCGGAGGACUUGGAGGACUUGGACGACUGGGAGCAUUUGGAGGACGAGAUUCCGCCGCAGCUCCAUCCCGAGCUCCCUGAUGGCCUCUACCGUCUCCUAAAUGAAUCCGAUUUCGGGAACGCGCUCCGAAGCUGGAUGGAAGAUCCCAAUCUUCGGAACUUCCAAAUGGAAGGUGUUGAGCUCAAGCUCCAUCUCUUCGAUCCAACUGGACCUCAAGAGCUGCCGCAGAAAGUGAGAAAGGUCUCUAAUGGCAAGGAUCUUUUCAUGUUCAAUGCGGAGGCCAAGAGGAAGAAGACGAUCAAACGAGGGGAACUGGCCGAUCUCUGGAAGCAAAUGACUCCAGAAGCUAAGAAGCUCUGGUCGGACAACUCCGCUCUAUUGCUCGGCAUGCAGAUUGACCAGCAGAAGGAAGGAUGGAUCGAAUUGCAGGCAGAAAUGGAGUACAAAUAG